AGAAUAUAGAAGUUUAAUCACCGACAAAAUGGCGUUUCGCUGGUACCAAGCGAAGCUUAGGACUUCUCCCUACUUGACGCAGAGUAUUACUACGGCGGUAUGCAGACCUUUCGCUUUGAAUUGCGAUCCCUAGUCUCCUUCCUGCGCAACGCAAUGCGACUCGAUACAUGGCCAACGAGCGUGUCGAUAAGCACCAAACCCGAGCCGAAACGAGGAUAUAGGAGGGAUUGAGCAGUUGCAAUGCAGAUUGACAGGAGACUGACAUGACGCGCGACAGGUACUCUUCGCAACCGGCGACACAAUGGCACAGCAGGGUGUAGAACGUCGUGGACUCGAUAAGCACGAUCUCGCACGUACAGGACGCAUGGCCGCCUACGGAGGAUGUAUCUUCGGCCCCGCAGCAACAAAGUGGUUCGACUUCCUCGUCAAGCGCGUAAACCUCAAAUCUACAAACGGCACAAUUGUCGCGCGCGUAGCCUGUGAUCAAUUCCUCUUCGCACCCUGCAACAUGGCUCUCUUCCUGUCCACCAUGGCUUACAUGGAAGGAAACUCGCCAGUGCAGCGUCUCAAGGACGCGUACCUACCCGGUUACCAGAAGAAUUUGAUGGUGUGGCCUUGGGUCCAGUUCACCAACUUCAAAUACGUACCCGCGGAGAUGAGGGUAUUGGUUGUCAACGUCAUCUCAUUGGGCUGGAAUUGCUACUUGAGUUCGUUGAACUCGGCGGGUGGCACCAAGCCCAACCCUCCCGUGGGUAAGACCAAGGAGGGCGGUCAGCUUCCUCCUUCAUAGACGCGCUUCUACGAUUCUACUGGGCGAUUUGUGUGUUUGGUCAGUAGCGGAACUGCAACAUUUGCCAGGGUCUUUUCUUGUUCAGAGUUGGGCAUAGAACGGGACAAUUGAUAUCCUGGGUUAUUGAGUCGGGUUAUAUAGAAAGGGUCGGAUUUGUUGAAGUCGAGUUGAAUUUGAUCGUUUCGGUGAAAUAGUCUUGUUUUAAUGCUUAGUUGACAUUGGUGACCUUGUUCUGCUACCCAUUAAUAACAGAUUGCUG